AUGGCCAAUUCCACCAUGGUGACUGAAUUUCUUCUUGAAUUUUUUGGUGAGACGUGGGAGGUCAGACUCCUGCUCAGCAUGCUGUUCCUGCUGAUCUACCUCGGCAGUCUGCUAGGGAACCUAACCAUCGUUAUGGUUACCACCAUUGACCAGAACCUCCAUACACCCAUGUACUUCUUCCUCAGGAAUCUGUCCAUUUUAGACAUCUGUUAUGUUUCUGUCACAGUCCCCAAUGCCUGUGUCAACUCGCUCACUGAAAACAGGGGUAUUUCUCUGGCUGGGUGUUCUGUACAGAUCUUUUUAGUCUUCUUUUGUGCAUGUAUGGAAAUUAUCUUACUCACUGUGAUGGCCCAGGACCGCUAUGUGGCCAUCUGCCAGCCCCUCCUCUAUCCUGUCAUCAUGAACACCCAAGUCUGUAUUCAGAUGACUCUGGCUUCUCUACUCCUUAGUCUUGUCAUAGCCAUUUGGCACACCGUGAAAACAUUCCAACUCUCCUUCUGUCACACUAACGUGGUCCCUCAGUUCUUCUGUGAUGUCCCCUCUCUGCUGAGGCUCUCUUGCUCAGACACAUUUAACAACAAACUGUUAAUUCUCCUAACUGCAAUCAUCAUUAGUGGUAGCUGCUUUAUCUUCAUUAUUGUAUCAUAUGUUCACAUAUUUUCUACUGUGUUGAAGUUUCCUCUGAAAGAAGAGAGAGGAAAGGCCUUUUCCACCUGUGUUCCUCACAUUAUUGUGGUGUCUCUGUUCCUUAUCUGUGGUGCCUAUGUGUAUCUAAGACCUCCAGUCAUCUCAGAAGUGAUUCAGGACAUGAUUCUGUCUGUACUUUAUGCAAUUGUUCCACCAUUCUUAAAUCCUAUCAUCUAUAGUCUUAGAAAUAAACAGAUAAAUGAAGCUGUGAGUAAAGCAAUAUUAAGAAUAUUGAAAUUAGGAAAAUUUAAAAGAGCUUUAUUUUAA